GGGGACAGAGGGAAGCUGCCAAAGAGUGGCCACUGAACAAGACCCAGUGCUUAGCAUUAGAUAUAAUCCGUUGCUUGUCCUUUCUUAAUCUUUUGGAUUCAAUCGUCAAAAAGAUUAUAUCUCUGGCUUAUUGAUUGCUAUUCAAUUGCAGGGAAGUCAAAGCCACAUUGAAGUUCUGAGCAGUGCCUCGCCAUUGCCAUCUGGCCUAUAAAAUGGUCAGCAUACGCUGUCGGCUUUUUCCAUCUCACUCCGCCAGCCAAAACCCAGCAGGACUUCUCCGCUCUUUCUCUUGUUGCUGUAGAGAGUUUUGACAUGGAUAUCCUCACAGACGAGCAGAUUAUUGAGUUCCAAGAAGCUUUCUGCCUCUUUGACAAAGAUGGAGAUGGAUGCAUCACACUGGAAGAGCUAGGCACAGUCAUCAAAUCACUGGGUCAGGACCCAAGUGAAGAAGAGCUGCAGGAAAUGAUCAGGGAAGUUGAUUCGGAUGGCAAUGGAACCAUAGAGUUUGGGGAGUUUUUGAAUCUAAUGGCCAGAAAAGUGAAGGAGACUAAUAUAGAGGAAGAACUCAAAGAAGCUUUCAAGGUCUUUGACAAAGAUCAAAAUGGCUUUAUCUCAGCUACUGAGCUGAGGAAUGUGAUGAUAAACCUUGGGGAGAAGUUGACUGAUGAAGAGGUGGAUCAAAUGAUUAGAGAGGCUGAUCUGGAUGGAGAUGGGCAGGUGAAUUAUGAGGAAUUUGUGAGAAUGAUGAUGGCUGUCUGAUUCAUCUGUUCAAAUGGAACAUUUUGGAUGAUGCACAUCUGAAUUCCCAGGCCCUGUUUCAAGAAACCACAGCUUGUUAAUGUUCUUUUGUUCCAGUAGCAAAUAUAAUCCUAAAUGCUAAUUUUUUCCUUCCAAAUUGUGUCCAACAAAGUGAAUCUACCUUCUGAUCUGAUUUAAGAAUCUGAUACAUCUUUGAUCAAGUGAGAUUGUGCAAGACAAGCAUGUCCAAGAGGAGAAGCUGACAGAAUUACAAACAAAAGUUACCAUCAUUCAUUCUCAUAUUGAUCUACUUUUCCUGGUUUUAUAUUUAUGAUCAAAGCUUUUUUACAUGAUCCUGAGAAACAAAUGAAAGAACAUGGGGAUGUUACCAGCAUGUCUACUGUACACUUCAACAAAUCUUUUAAACUGCAUUGGAAGCUCAAUCUACAGAGCAAAUAUCCU